AUGGCUCCGAAUUUGGAAUGUCGCAUGUACGAGGCACGAUAUCCAGAAGUAGACAUGGCAGUGAUGAUACAGGUCAAGAACAUAGCCGACAUGGGUGCUUACGUUUCACUUCUCGAAUACAACAACAUCGAGGGUAUGAUUCUGUUUUCCGAACUCUCUCGCCGUCGAAUUCGUAGUGUUAGCAGUCUCAUCAAGGUGGGUAGAAUUGAACCGGUGAUGGUUCUUCGUGUUGAUAAGGAAAAGGGUUACAUCGAUCUCAGUAAACGUAGGGUUUCUGAAGAAGAUAUUCAAGCUUGUGAAGAAAGGUAUAAUAAGAGUAAACUUGUCCACUCUAUUAUGCGUCAUGUUGCUGAAACCUUGAAUCUCGAUUUAGAGGACCUUUAUAUUCACCUUGCUUGGCCUUUGUACCGCAAAUAUGGACACGCCUUCGAGGCUUUCAAAAUAGUUGUGACUGAUCCAGAUACAGUUUUGAGCACACUUAUGCGGGAAAUUAAGGAAGUUGGUCCUGAUGGACAAGAGGUGACCAAGGGGGUACCUGCUGUUUCUGAAGAAGUGAAGCAUUCUCUAGUGAAGAACAUUAGAAGACGGAUGACCCCUCAGCCAUUGAAAAUCAGGGCGGAUAUUGAAAUGAAAUGUUUUCAAUUUGAUGGAGUUAUCCGCAUUAAGGAAACAAUAGAAGCUGUGUCUUCGAAGAAAAGGAAGCGAAAGAAAACCUCUUCUGAAGUUGUUGGUGGAUUCAGCGUGUUCCGAAGUUCAACAUCGAAGACAAUUGAAAAAGUCCAAGCCGGUUAUGAUGAGUCCAUUCGUCUGAAGAAAGAAAAUAAACCACUCGAGCGUGAUGCUAUCUUCAGGAAGAGUCAUAACAUUCAUGUCUCCGCUUCUGCAGAUGUUACCGGUCCCGUCAUCCACAAAAAUCAACUCCGAGGAGCUCUUUUCAAAUACGGUCCAAAUCCUAUUCAGGUUGCCUUCAAAAGUGGCGAAUUCAAACGACAAGUUAUUUUUAUUGGUGGAUUAACAGAUGGGUUUCUUGCUACCGCAUAUUUAGAACCUCUAGCAAUUGCGCUGGACCGCGAGAAUUGGUCACUAGUUCAAUUUCUUAUGUCAUAUUCUUAUAGUGGAUAUGGCACUUCCAGCUUGCAACAAGAUGCUAAGGAUCUGGAUCAGCUUAUUAAUUAUUUAAUUAACGAAGAAGAUUCUGAAGGUGUGGCAUUACUUGGGCAUAGUACUGGCUGUCAGGACAUUGUGAACUACAUGCGCACAAAUUUUGCUUGCUCCCGAGCUGUUCGUGCUGCAAUCUUGCAGGCUCCAGUUAGUGAUAGGGAAUAUCAGUCCACACUCCCUCAGACAGCUGCUAUGAUUGACUUGGCUGCCAAAAUGAUAAGUGAAGGCAGAGGUUCAGAGAUAAUGCCAAGGGAAGCAGAUCCUACUGCCCCAAUUGCUGCAUAUAGGUAUCACUCCCUUUGUGCAUAUAAUGGCGAUGAUGACUUGUUCAGCCCUGACAUACGAGAGGUUAUGGCAUAA